AUGUUGUUCUCAGGUGUGAGGAAGGUAAUGAAUUCGGAGUUAUGGCAUGCCUGUGCUGGGCCAAUGGUCUCCUUGCCUCCUGUUGGAAGUCUGGUGGUGUACUUCCCACAAGGUCACAGUGAGCAAGUUGCGGCAUCUAUGCAGAAGGAUACAGAAAACAUACCUAACUAUCCUAAUCUUCCUUCCAAGCUCAUUUGCAUGCUUCAUAACGUCACAUUACAUGCUGAUGCUGAAACUGAUGAAGUCUAUGCACAGAUGACCCUUCAACCUGUAAAUAAAUAUGACCAGGAAGCAUUACUUAUCUCGGAUAUGGGUCUAAAACAAAACAAGCAACCCUCUGAGUUCUUUUGCAAAACUCUAACAGCUAGUGACACAAGCACCCAUGGUGGAUUCUCUGUACCUCGCCGAGCUGCUGAAAAGAUUUUCCCACCACUUGAUUUCUCAAUGCAACCUCCAGCUCAGGAGUUGGUAGCUAGAGAUUUGCAUGAUCAAUCUUGGACAUUCAGACAUAUUUAUCGAGGCCAACCCAAGAGGCAUCUACUGACAACAGGAUGGAGCAUUUUUGUCAGCUCUAAAAGGCUUUUUGCUGGCGAUGCUGUUCUUUUCGUAAGAGAUGAGAAAUCACAGCUUAUGUUGGGAAUUAGAAGGGCUAACAGACAGCAGCCUGCACUCUCCUCAUCAGUUAUAUCCAGUGACAGCAUGCACAUUGGAAUCCUUGCUGCUGCUGCUCAUGCUGCUGCAAAUAAUAGCCCCUUCACCAUUUUUUACAAUCCUAGGGCCAGUCCUGCUGAGUUUGUGAUACCCCUAGCCAAGUAUAAUAAAGCAAUGUAUACUCAAGUUUCAUUGGGUAUGCGGUUCAGAAUGAUGUUUGAGACUGAGGAGUCGGGAGUUCGUAGAUAUAUGGGAACCAUAACUGGUAUCAGUGAUAUGGAUGGAGUCCGGUGGAAGAAUUCACAAUGGCGUAGUCUUCAGGUUGGAUGGGAUGAAUCAGCAGCUGGUGAGCGUCCUACUCGUGUUUCAGUAUGGGAAGUCGAGCCUGUUGUGACUCCAUUUUACAUGUGUCCACCUCCAUUUUUCCGUCAAAAGUUCCCUCAACAACCAGGAAUGCCAGACGGUGAUACAGAGAUAGAGAAUGCUUACAGAAGAGGGAUGCCUUGGCUUGAAGAAUUGGGUAUGAAGGAUGCCUCCAGUUCAGUCUUCCCUGGCUUGAGUUUGGUCCAGUGGAUGAGCAUGCAGCAGAACCAUCGGUUCCCAUCAAUGCAACCAGGGGUUUUCCCUUCCAUUGUUUCGUCAAAUUCUAUAAAUGGUAGCCUCAGCUUUGACGACCCCUCCAAGCUAUUAAGCUUUCAAUCCCCUAACCUUUCUGUUCCAAGUCCACAGUCAAACAAAGCAAACCAAAAGAACCAACUUGCAAGUCCCCUGCAACAAAUAUCUCCUCCUCCAUGGCCCCAACACCAGCAGCUGUUGCAUUCCGCUCAACAACACCAACUGCAGCAGCAGCAAUCUCAAGAUCAUCAGCAUCAACAGCAACUGUAUCAUCAACAACAGACUUCUAUGUACAGUAAGCUACAGCAACAACAACAACAGAUGCAACACCAUCAGUUGCAACAGCAACAACAACAGCAAAAUCAUCAGCUGCAGCAGAAACAACAACAGCAAAACCAUCAGCUGCAACAACAACAACAGAAACAACAGAUAUCGGGAAACACACAAGCUCUACAAAUCAGUGGCUCAGCCACUAGAACUUUAUCUCAGCCUUUAUCCAUAUCCUUGGAGUCACAGUUUCAGCAUCAAAUGGAACAACAGCAAGGGCAGUUGCGACAACAUAACUUGUUGCUGGGGCAAGCAGCACCACAACAAAGCCUCUCAGAGCAGCAGCAAACACUGCAAGUGCUGCAAAAAUUGCAACAGCAACAGCAACAUCUGUUCUCACCAUCAAGUCAUGUAGAGCCUCAGUUACCCCUACAACAGCAGGUAUUGCCACAAUUUCAGCAAGCCAAACAGCAGUCAUUAUCACAGCAACAACUUAGCAGUAACAGUUUGUCGACAUCCACACUUCUGCAGUCACCUCAGUUUCCUUCAAACCAACUACAGAGUCAAUACAAACCACUGGUGCCAAUAAGAGUUCAUCCUGGUAUUACUGAUGGGGAUGCUCCGUCUUGUUCCACUUCUCCUUCAACAAAUAACUGCCAUAUAACUCCAUCAAACUUGUUGAUCAAGAACCAACAAGGACCAUCUGUUGUUGGGGAUGAUUCCAUGGUUGAUCCUUGUUCUAAGUUUGUUCAUGAUCUUCAAAGUCAAAGUAAAUCUGAUGCAAGAAUCAAACAUGAGUUGAAAGUACCAGAACAACCUAAAUACAAAGGCAUUGCUACUGAACGAUCGGAACCUACUACAUCUGUAACAUCAUACUGCUUGGAUGCUGGUGGCCUUCAACAGAAUUUCUCGAUCCCAAACUUGUGUCUGGAGGGUGAUGUUGUUCAGUCGCAAACAAGGAGCGACGUCUCUUUUGGGGCUAAUAUGGAUAGCCUGCCACCUGAUGCUUUGUUGUCAAGGGGUUUUGAUUCACAAAACUUGAUGUCUAACUACUGUGGCCCCCCUAGAGAUAUCGAGGCCGAGUUGUCAGCUGCUGAGAUAAGUCCACAGUCAUUUGGGAUGCCUGAUAUAUCUUUCAAGCCAGGUUGUUCAAAUGACAUUGCUGGUAACGAUGGUGGUGUUUUAGGAAGUGGGUUGUGGGGUAAUCAGACACAGCGCAUGAGAACAUACACAAAGGUCCAGAAGCGUGGGUCAGUAGGAAGAACCAUUGAUGUGACUCGUUACAAGGGGUAUGAAGAGCUGAGACAUGAUCUGGCUCUCAUGUUUGGUAUUGAAGGUCAACUAGAAGAUGCACAAAGAACAGAGUGGAAACUUGUUUAUGUUGAUCAUGAGAAUGAUAUACUGCUGGUUGGUGAUGAUCCAUGGGAGGAAUUUGUGAGCUGUGUGCAAAGCAUAAAGAUACUGUCAUAUUGUGAAGUACAACAGAUGAGUUUGGAUGGUGAUUUAGGUAACGUGCCGGUGCCGAAUCAAGCCUCGAGUGGGACUGAGAGUGGGAAUCCAUGGAGAGGGCAAUAUGAUCAUGAGAAUUCAGCUGCAUCCUUUAACAGAUAAUUAUGAGGGUGAAUUAAGAGCUUAAUAUCUCUAUUUUUGAUGAGCUCUCUGGGUGGGUAGCUAGGUAGGGUGAAGGUGUAAAGAGAAGCAAGAAAGAUGUAUUAAUCUUGUUAAAUGUAUGAUCAUGAGCAUAUA